AUGGCGUCACUUGAGGAGGACGAGGACCGCGACUUGGCAGGUUCCCAGGAUGGAAGCUCAGACAACGAAAAUGACCUUGACGAUACAAUGCGCGAUGCCGAUAACGGUGACGGUGACCUCGAACCCGAUGCUGACGCCGACGCCGACGCCGACGCCGAUGAUGACCCUGGGAGCCCGUCUAAUGCAAGUCAAGCAUCGGAGGGCGGUGGUAUAGCCUCGCAGCAGAAUCACGAUGUAAAUACCCCAGGCAAUGCCGACACAUCUAUGUCGGAGUCUUUCUCGAUAUACCACCCAAGCGUACGCCCCGAAUGCUUGACUGCGAAGACCUAUGACAUUGUUCCUACCACCGCUGCACCGCAUAGCACUUCCAUCAACGCGAUCACUGCGACGGCAGACAUGCGCUGGGUCUUUAGUGGGGGCUCUGAUGGGUUCGUUCGGAAGUUCAAUUGGGCGGAGUCGAUCAAUAGCAAGCUCAUGUUGACCGUGGCGCAAAGACACCCCUUUGUCGAUAGUGUUGUCAAAGCCGGCGUGCUAAUGACAUACUGGGAGAAUAUGGACGCGAACAGCCUGUCGCCGGUGUACUCUCUAGCAUGCCAAAGUGAAGGAUUAUGGCUCCUUUCAGGUUUGGAAUCCGGUGCUAUUCGACUACAGACACUGCGUCAUGAUGAAGGCAAGGAGAUUGUGCAACUACGACAGCAUACUUCCGCGGUAUCGUCAUUGAAUUUGACUUCUGACGAGCAGUCGCUGCUGUCGGGAAGUUGGGAUAAGAGGGUCAUCGACUGGGACUUGAACACUGGACAGUCGCGACGAUCAUUCGGAGGAAGUGCCGGUCAAAUAUCGAUGGUGCAGAUCCGACCGGAAUCUAGCUUACCUGUUCCGCAAGACACCAUUGAUUCAAUGCUUUCCAAUGGUACAUUUUCAUCAAACUACGAAGCCAAUGGUGCCGACAAAACCAACUUCAUGGAUACAACCCAGGAUGCUGGAGAUACAGGAGUUGCUGAGAACCCGCAGGCGGGCUCACCGGCAGAUUCACUAUUCGGUGGCGCGGAUUCAUUAUUUGGCGAUGCCGAUGGUGGAGCUGCGGAUGGAGGAGAGCCGUCGGGUGGGGUCUUCGGGGUCGAUGACGAUGAUGAAUUCGGCCGCGCAAUGGCAAACGAGGCGGCGCCUCAAUCAGGCGCCCAGGCGGCUGAUGCUAAUGCUAGUACAGAAGAAGCGGACGCAAAUCACGAGCAGCCGAACACUCGUAUAUCGACCGAGCCGGCUGUGAACGGGCUUCCUAAGGCAGAAGACCUAGAGUCAUAUUCGCAAGGUCCAGACCUUUUGUCAGGGAUGCAGCAAGAAGGCUCAGGAGCGGAUACUACAUUUCUUGCAGCGUCUAUCGAUGGAACUAUUCGGGUAUGGGACAGGCGGCAGCCCAAUCCGGUCGCUCGAAUUACUCCCCGUAAUGGUGUCCCUCCCUGGUGUAUGAACGCAUGUUGGUCUCCGGACGGGAAUUACAUUUAUGCCGGACGACGAAAUGGCACGGUCGAAGAAUUCAGCUUACACAAGGGACUCCGAGACCCUGAGCGCACUUUCAAGUUCCCUCAAGGAAGCGGACCAGUGACAGCUCUCAAAGCGAUGCCUAACGGUCGCCAUCUUGUUUGCGCGUCUCAUGAUAUUCUUCGUCUCUACGACCUGCAGCAUGAACAGAGCUCUCGCCAUUCAACCACCCCGUUCCUCAUCAUUCCAGGCCACCGCACAGGCACUAUUUCCCAGCUGUUCGUCGAUAAUGCUUGCCGGUUCAUGAUUUCCACUAGUGGCAACCGUGGCUGGGAAGGCAACACUACCGAGGUGCUCCUCGGCUACGAGAUCGGCGUUCCCCAGUAA